AUAUCAGUCUAGAAAGUGAUGUUUCACCUGUGGUAACUGACGAUGAAGAUUCUAUGUUGGAUUCAGAUGAAACUGUUUCAUCAAGUGAUCUGAAUACACUUUCUUCUCCAGAACUACUUCGUAGAUCUGAUACUUUGGGUAAUAUAUUUUGUGUACAUAUUUGUAUAACAAGCACAGUAUGUUUAUUAAAGGAACACUCCACUGUCCAAAAUAAUAAGAAAAUAGCAGUUUAGAAGAUGUACUCCCAGAGAAAACAUGCAUGUUAUCUUUUUUGCAUAUUUUCUUUGGGGCUGUAUGAAAUCUUGGCUUGCAGAACCUGCAAAUCUAGUAUCCUGGCCCCCAACACCAUCCAAUGGUAGACUGUGAAUCCGCUUACAAAAAAUGUAAAUGUAAGCUGACUCUCUGACCCCCUUCCGGUCUGCACUGAUUUGCUAAAGUUUAGGUUUGUAGUUUGGCAUUAGCAGUGUUAAUUUUGCACAACCGCAGACAUUAUUUAUUGGCUGAUAGCUUCAGCUAACCGCUUACAUUGGAAUGAGAUCAGGGAAUCCUUGGCACCAUACGACUACGUCUUGCUCCAUUGGUUGCGUGAUUUACAGUACCUCUUUAAGUACAUAUUAAAAUACAGGGGGAAAAUUACAUAUCUGUUAAAUGUCUAAAUGUUAUGAUUAGUAUGUAGAUAACGUUGCAAAAGAGGACCAUAUGAGAGAUGAAUUACAGUUAAAAGUGAAAGUAGCCUCCUUAUAAAUUCACAUAGAAGGAGGCAGAUUUUCUUCAGGUUCUCAGAGGAGACUGAGCUUCUUAUGAUUAAAUUGUGAAUUUGUUUUCUCAUAGAGAGUUGGGAUUAACCCACGUCAGUCACACUGGAUAUUUAACACUAAUUAAACCAGUCAUUGCUGUCUAGGAAAUCCAAUGCAGGUCACCAAAGGCAGCCAAAAGCAGGCUGUGAUCAUGCAGAUAACUAAGCACCAAAACAACUUUAGCUUAUUGAAGUGGUUUUCAUGUAAAUGAGAUACUCCAGGUACCAUAAAAAUGCCAUCACAAUGAUGAUGUUAUUGUACAAGGAGGACAUGGAUGCCUUAAAUAAUAUACUGUUUAAUCCCAAACUCUAGAGGACGACACCUGAUCGCUCUGCCACUCCACUUGAUCUGAAGGAAUAAGGCAAGCCUCAGACUGGGCACUAGCUCCCCAUUCAGAAAAUGGAGUGAAAAAUAUACAUAUAUUAACACUCUCAGAUAACACUCUCAGCCUAUCAGCGGCACAUGGGUCAAAGCUUCCAUCAGGACCUUCAAAGGAAGUGGGGCAGAGCGAUCGGGAAAUGUCUUCCAGAGUUUGAGGUUAAAGCGUUUACGGUUUAACCCCUUAAGGGAAGACAGAACCUGGGACCUCCAUGCACUGUAAAAACUUCAUUGGAAUACAGCUGUUAUGGUGCCCAGAGUGGCCCUUUCAAACAUUUUGUUAAUGAAGUCUCAGCCACACCUCUCCUAGCUGUGGCUCACAGAGCCUCCCUACACACGUCUUGAAAAUGUUAUUGCAUAGUGUGUUAAUUUAGAAUUUAUUUUCUCCUGCUCUGUAAAUUCCUUGCUGUAGUUUGCAGUAUUCUCUUGUGUGUGAUAAAAGGUCUAGUAACAGAAUAGGAUAUAAGAACUUUUAAACAGCUGGUUGAAAAUGAACAUUUUCUUUUUAUAAAGCCUUUUUUCCCCCCUUUUUUCCAUCCAUUAAAAUACAUUAAAUUAAUUUGAAAUACAGUGUAGACAUUGUUAAUGUUGUAAAUGACUACUGUAGCUGGAAACUGCACAGCAGAAAACUGUUGUGCUGAUUAUAGAAGCAAUAAAACUGUCCUUCAUUAGACUAUUAUCUGGAGCAGCAGCAAUAAUAGGUAUAAUUACAGGCUCAAGAUGGACAGAAAUAAGAACUGUCUUCUGAAACUAACCAGUCUGUUCUUGUUAUGAUUAAUAGGGAUAAUAGGAACCUUAGAAGAAGAUAGGUGUGACGAAGUGCCCUUCGCCACUUGGUCCUGGAGAGGCCUACUUGCCAGCCUCCUCCCCUGUGACUAUGACUCUUUCAUGUAUAUGGCUUUAAAGCCCCUAGUCUACCUUCAGACGGACUAUUUAUGUAGGCUGCUUUGUUUAUCUUAUGUUUUAGUCACCCUGUACCCAUUAUAGGUGCAGGGUGUGUGUAAUGUAAUUGUUUAUAGUGUGUGUGUAUGUACUGUGUAAUGUAUUGCCUGCUCUCUUGUAUUGCUGAGGUUUGCUACCAACUAGGUGGGUUUGGCUAUGGAGCUGGUCUAGUGCCCUCUGUUGGUAGCAACAACAAUAUGCACUACCUGAAUUGCAAGACUGGUUCAUUUGCAUAUUCGGGUAGAUUUGCAUAUUGCUAAUUCUGCAGGUAGGUGAGAUAUUUACUGUUAAAUAUUGUCUCCCCCCACCCCUUUAAAAAUGUGCCAUUGUGUUGUGAUAAGUCACUGUGUGUUUCUUGGUAUGGUUUGACUGUUUGUGAUUUUAUUGAGGUUUCACAACAAUGUUAUUGUGGUGACUGUAUUGGCUGGUCCCAAGGGAAUAAAGGUUUUGACAGUUCUUCUUGAUUCCUCUAAACGUAGCCUUGUCUCGAUAUUGGAGGGAGCUGUUAUAAUCACACUGGGGAUUGCUAUGCUCUGCAUGCUCCCCUGAGCUUGAGUCACUUAGCUCUUUUAAGAGCUUGUUCCUGACACGCUCUCCUUGGAGGAGGGGUCUUCACCACACAGUCCUGGAUGCUGGAGGUUUGUACAGGGUGGAAGGAAGAGUUCUUUCCCACACAGUCCUGGAGGACAGAAGCUGAUCCAGGGUGGAAGGAAAACGGCGAGACUCCAGUCAAGAUACGGCGCUUGCGGAGUCUGCGGUGGUUGUGGUGUCUGCUGCAGUGCUUGGAGUCCUCAGGAAGCGCUAGGAGCAUCCGUCAACGGAGGGUACUCAGUCGGAGUACAAGGAGCUCCGUUACAAUAGGCUAUCUUUCCAUUUAGCAAUGCCAUUCCUUACCCUGUGGAUAGCACUUGAUUUGAGCCAGUUUCCUCCUACACCGAAACAAGAGAGACACUGUCUCUUCUAAUAACACACGCUGCCGCUGGGGAACAAGACCGGGUGUCUCUGUUCCCUGGACCUCACACUGCUGCUGGGGAGUGAGACCACUUGUCUCCCCUCUCUGUAACACACAUUGCCGCUGGGGAGAGAGACCGACUUUCCCCACUCCUAACAUCUCCAUCUGGGGUUGGAGAUCUGGGCAGGUUGCCCAGCAUGCCUGUGGAGAGACCUCGGUCCCAUCUCCACCUGCCAACUAGGGGUCUUUCCAGGACCAGGCGGUAAGGUGCUGGUUGGGAAGUAGGUGAUACAGUGCCUGGGUCUCCUGAUGACAGGCUUAGUUGCUGGGGAGGAGGGACGAAACACCACGCUCCCGGUGGUAUACAGUCCAUAAGCCCCAUCAUGUCGGAGACAGGCGGUGUUACCCGUUUUAAUAGGCAAACAUAAUCCUGUUCUAGUUCCCACUCCCGGUUGGCAAGAAAAGAUAGGUCUGGCUGAAUGGCAGCGAUCUCAGUAAGGUCCCAGUUUUCUGCCUGCUCAGCUCGGAUGGACCAGAAGUGAGCAAUGUCGGUUUCUCCGAACCAGAGACUAGUUUCAGUAGUAUCCCACAACAAACCAGGGCCAUUGUAGUCUCCCCCCUCAAUACACUUGUACUCUAUCAGUCACGGGUAGAGGUGGUAAGCAUGCCACCGCAGGGCCCAGUAGCAAUCAACCAGCCACACCUCAGUCUCACCUAGCGUCUCCAGUUCGCUUACCCAUUACUCUGAGGGCUGGUUUCCCAGGAACGGCAUCCGCAGCUCCGCUUGGCGCUGGUUGGUGGUCAGGAUUUCCUCACUCCGGAAGGGUCAAAUUUCAUUGAGGUCUUCCUUCCAGAGAUUGGUUUGAAGCGCAACCCUCUGUGUCUCUAUCCUCUGGGAUAAGGUACUCCAUCCUGUUGUCGCUGCUGGAGUCUGGCAUUGAAGCCGGAUACUGCCCGGCAGUGCUUGCCUUCCAUACUGCAGUAGUGCUGGUUUUCCCAAUGCUAUGAAGCCAUCCCACCGCUUGCACCCCUACUAGGUACCUCCGCCAAAGAACGCUUCCUAGCUGCAACAGGGGACACACCGCGUCACUUCUGCCCACAGUCGCCGUGGCUUGACUGGGGACCUGGAACCGCUCCUUCCUGGAGCCGAACGGGAAAUUAGCUCUAGACAUCCCCAGUCCUGGGAGCUCUAGUCCUUACAAGGACUUUCCCAGUUGAAUCCCCUGCAAGCCGGAACAGCAGACACAGGAAACACACAGUUUUGGAGUGUAAGCUGGAAUAGAUUUUUUUUUUUUUGGUGUCACACUUGGCCUUUUAUGCAUGUCCUCAAGCAAGGGGUACGCCCACAUGGACCUUGUUGGGGACAGGGACACAAACUUACAAACCAGUAAUAACACAUUUACAAUAUAAGGCACUCCCACACAUGACACACAAUCCCUUUAACUGUACUUAUUCUAAUCCAAUUAUCUCCAAGCACAGAAAAAAACAUACAUUUCUAAAAUGUCCCAAAAGUACCCCAAAACAAACAUCCCCCACAAAUGUUACAUCCUGUCAUAGCUCUGAUCUGGGUGACCAACAUAUCCAAAAAUUGCCCCGAUCAGUUCAGGGGUUCAGGAAUUUCUUGGAAGUCAUAAUUUUGACCGUCCAUGCACAUGGUCCUAUGCCCAAAACAGUUCCAUGAAAUCCGUGCUAACGGUUGGUCAAGUUUGGUAGUCUUUUACAGGUUUCCCUGCAGGGCCCAUAGUCUGUGGGAAGGAGGCUGGCAAGCAGGCUCCUCCAGGAGCUCUUGGGAAACUCACUUGGAGAGGGGAGUUUGUCCCACAUAUGUAAGGUGAAAAUUAUCUACAUGUAGCUGUAGGUUGAUUUGUUGUAAUUUUUUGUUGCUAGAUGAAUCAGAGUGGAGUUCCAGCGUUGAGAACGUCUUCUGUAAGAAGAAUUCUACACUCUUAGAAUGCAAAGAAGCGAUGGAUAUAGAUUUACAUCCAGGACCAGAAAAUGUUUCCAAUAUUUUAA